AUGUCAGUUAAGCGGUUUCAGCCAAGUUGGGCAACAUGGUUGUUGGACGGUUUUUUGCUUCAAUGGCAGCCUUUUCAGUGUGUGUAUUCCUCUGGUGUCCUUGUUGCACACCGCCACUGCUCUGUCCCCUACAGACACAAAGAAGGAACCCCAGUGUUUGUGGAAGAGCAGCCAGCAGCAUCAUUCCUGUCUCGCUCACUGCUCUAUAACAGCUGGGACUUUGAGCUGGUUGUAGCUGACAAUCUGGAGAGGGAGUGCUUGGAAGAGCAGUGCACCUAUGAGGAGGCCAGAGAGUUUUUUGAGGAUAACACUCAGACGGUAAUGCUGGUGGUGGUGACUGUCACUACACUGAUCAGUUUAACAAAUUCACCAGAGGGAUGUGUCAGGCUGGUGCUGGGAAUUCUGGCUGUAUUAGUGUCUGCUGUUAUUGCCAUGUUGGGGAUCUACUGCUACAAAGCCAAGAACAAGAUGGACAGAGUCAGCCAAGCUCCAGUGAGAAUGGCAACAGAUUUACGUCCAGCCCCAGAAAUGGUGCCCUUGUCUGGGAUCACUGCCCCGGGUCUGCCCAGCUACAAUGAGGCUCUGAGUCGCAGUGGGCAGCAUGAUGCCCCGCCACCACCUUAUUCAGGGGGUGCGCCAUCAGAGCCUGCUGAUCCUGGAGAGGAAUGAGACUGCUGGCAGAACCACUUUAAAAUGCCUGAUGGGCUAUGGUGGUUUGAGUGACUUUUAAUUAAUGCUUGGUUUUUUAAUACAUUGUGUUUAUGAGUGAUAUUAAAACACAAAUCCUGGCUGGACACUGCUGACCAUAUGAUGUGCAUAUUGACUUGCCUGUAGCAUGUUCAUUACACACAUGAGGCAUUAAGUGGGCGCAGCUGAGGGUGGGGUUCAUUUUUGAUGGUUGUACUGUACACCCCAACUGUGCUGUGUACACUGGAGCAGGGGCGAAAAAAAAUACAUUUAUAAAAGAUGUUGGUUGUUCAAAAAAAUCGGGCUAUAUGUAUAUAUAAAACUAUAAUAAAUGAGAGGAAUUAUGUAUUCCACCUGCCAUUCUAUAA